GGUCGAUGCUCUGGACGGAAGGGGCGGGCGGCGGCGCGUGGUGCCGGUCAGCGGCGGGAGGGACGGGACCGGACCGGAGCGUAGCGGGGUCACUGUCCCUCGGCCCGGGGACAUGGCGGAAGGGGACGGCGGGGCGGGAUCCCCUCCGGUCCCGGCUGAGGAGGGCCCGGAGCUGGCGGCCGUUGUCGGCGCCACCGUGCCCACCGGGUUCGAGCUGACGGCGGCCGAGGAGGUGCAGGAGAAGCUGGGCUCGGCCUCCAGGAUCAGCAGGGACCGCGGGAAGAUCUACUUCGAGGUCCCGGCCCGGAGCCUGCCGCAGGUCCAUCGCCUAAGGUCAGUGGAUAAUUUAUUUGUUGUAGUUCAGGAGUUCAAAGACUAUCAGUUUAAAGAGAACAAGGAAGAUGCUCUAAAGGAUUUGGAAGAUUUGGUUAAAAAGCUGCCUUGGACUGAUCCGUUGAAAGUUUGGGAGCUGAACAACAGCUUAAAAAAGAAAAAGACAAAACGCAAAAAACAUAAUCUGCAGAGCACAGCAAGCAAAGAGAAGCUGAAUGAUGAUGGAGAAGAUGAAGGAGCAGAUCAGAAAGACGGCAGUGAACAGGAGGACUCUGCCCAAAACACUGCAGGUGUAGAACCUGCUGGUGGCCAGGACAGAGAGAAGACACAAGGGAACGAGGAGGAUGAUAAUGAGCAGUCAGAUGCUAAAGAUGAGUUGCAGGCAGGCUGUGGGAGUGAGACCAAGGCUGGAGACAGUAAAACAGGCGAGGGGGAGGCAAAGGUGCUGAGGUUCCGUGUUACCUGCAAUCGAGCAGGAGACAAGCACAGCUUCACAUCCAAUGAGGCAGCCAGAGACUUUGGAGGAGCUGUGCAGGAGCACUUCCAGUGGAAAGCUGACAUGACUAACUUUGAUGUAGAGGUUCUUCUUAAUAUUCACAAUAAUGAAGUGGUUGUGGGCAUAGCAUUAACUGAAGAGAGCCUUCACAGAAGAAAUAUCACACAUUUUGGUCCUACAACUCUUCGUUCAACUCUUGCUUAUGGCAUGCUUAGACUCUGUGACCCACAGCCAACAGAUAUCAUCAUUGAUCCCAUGUGUGGUACAGGUGCAAUACCAAUAGAGGGAGCUACAGAAUGGCCUGGCUGCUACCAUAUUGCUGGUGAUAACAACCCACAAGCUGUAAAGAGAGCAGCAAACAACAUCUGCUCUUUACUAAAGAAAAAUGAGAAUAAGGAGAGCAGUACUCCUCUGGGCAUACCCCUGGACAUCAUUCAGUGGGAUAUUUGCAAUCUCCCUCUGCGGACUGGUUCUGUGGACAUCAUUGUGACAGACAUGCCAUUUGGAAAGAGGAUAGGGUCAAAGAAGAAGAACUGGGAUCUCUACCCAGCCUGCCUUAUGGAGAUGGGCCGGAUCUGCACACCAGGGACAGGCAGGGCUGUGCUGCUGACACAGGACAAGAAAUGCUUUGCUAAGGCCCUGUCACGACUGGGACACAUCUGGCGCAGGGGUCAGACGGUGUGGGUGAACGUGGGGGGGCUCCAUGCUGCAGUCUACCUCCUGAAACGUACGUGGGAAAGAGCAGAGGAGAAGAGACCAUUCUGGUAGCCUCUGAGUGAGAAGAGAAUUUCUUGAACACCCAAGAAAAUAGGCCUGACAAUUGCUAAGAAAAAAAAAAACAACUUUGGUAAAAAACACAAAUAUCAACCCGGGGAUCAACUUGAGAGCUACCAGUUGUACUGUGUGUUCUGAAACCUUCUUACUUAAAUCACCUUUUCCCUCCCUGCCACCCAAACUGGAAUUAAGAAUGCUUUCCUUUGCCUGAGUCUUCUCUAUCCAUGUCCUUUGUAGUUUUCAGUUAAAUGUUUAUUUCCUCUGCUUAUAGUAGAAAACAUGUUGAGGCAGCUUUCAAGGUAUUGAGUUUAUUUCCUAAACUAGAGUAAACAUACAUAUAUCUUAAAAUGACUAAUGGGACUACUAAGACUGUCAUCUCAAAGGGUUAAGAGGUAGUAUCUCUUUAAUGUAGGAUUUUUCUAAAUUGAAGUAUUGUAAUUUAUACCAUUGCCCAAAUAAUGAACUGUGAUAAUAAACCAUUGUCUGGUUUUUAUGGUCUGGUAAGCAAAGGCCAAUUAGUAAACAGUAUGCUGAUGCUGGUUUUCUUACCUCAGUUUAGUGCUAAUUAUUAGUCAAUGUCCAAUCCAUGUUUUAAUGUACUGCUGCCAUGGGGGGGGGUAACACACACAGCCUUAGCAAACUAUCUAGCUCCUAUUUUAGAACAGAGAUAGUUUUAGCUAGAUUUGUUUUCCGUUAUAAUGUUUUCCCUGUUGACUGUAGAUACAUCAGGGUGGCAAUGUUUAAAUUCAUUUGUUAUUUAACUGCUGUAGUUAUACCAGAAUAUUGACAAAAAAUAUACCUGUUAAAUAACUUGAAGUUGCAAGUAUUUUUUUUUCUUUUGCAACCAUACUGUGACUUCUCAGGCCUCUUCCUCUUUGCUCCUCAGAGGCAGCAAACACCGGUUACCAGUGCCAUUUUCACUGAAGUGUAUGCAUGCCAAGGACUUGUAAAUGUUCAGAGUUGAAUUAACGAGUAUUAAAAGUUUUGGAAGUUUUGCACAG